AUGACUUAUAAUACCAGGUAUCUUAAAAUUAUGGCAACUGUUGGAAUUAACGGAUUUGGUAGAAUUGGAAGAAUGUGUCUUCGUGCUUGCAUAGAAAAAAAUAUUGAUGUUACGUUGAUCAAUGAUCCGUAUAUCACGACCGACUACAUGAUUUAUUUAUUUAAAUACGAUUCAACUCAUGGAACUUAUCCUUUAAAAUUAGAAUGUGAAAACGGAUGUAUUAUUGUUGCAGAUAAGAAAAUUAAUACAUCACAAGAAAAAAAUCCAUCUAAAAUAAAGUGGAAAGAUGCAGGUGUAACUUAUGUAAUUGAAGCUACUGGGGUAUUUAAUACUUUAGAAAAAGCAGGUUUACAUAUGGAUGGUGGAGCUAAGAGAGUCAUUAUUACUGCACCUUCCAUUGAUGCACAAAUGAUAGUUUAUGGUGUAAAUCAUGCCUGUUAUGACCCUAAAAAAAGCAAAAUAGUAUCAGCUGCUUCUUGUACAACAAACUGUGCAGCACCAAUUAUUCAAGUGAUGCAUGACAAGUUUGAUGUUAUUGAAGUAAUGAUCACCAGUGUCCAUGCUUUGACACCAUCACAAAGAAUUUUAGAUGGUCCUAUAGAAAGAGGAAAAUUGUGGAGAGAUGGCAGAGGUGCUGUCCAAAAUAUUAUCCCAACAUCCUCAGGUGCAGCCAAAUCAUUGGACAAAGUUAUUCCUGAACUCAAGGGAAAGAUUUCUGCUAUAGCCUUUAGAGUACCAAUCCCAAAUGUUUCUUUAUGUGAUAUGACUUUUAGAGUCAACAAACCAACAACUUAUGAAGAAGUGAAAGAAGCAAUGGAAGAAGCAUCAAAGACUAAUCUAAGAGAGAUACUAGGUUAUACAGACGAUGAUUGUGUGUCAUCUGAUUUCAAUAACACGACUUAUUCUUGCAUUUUCGACGCGAAAGCUGGUAUUCCUCAGACAAGUACAUUCAUCAAAGUUGUCGCCUGGUAUGAUAAUGAAUAUGGUUACGCACAUCGUGUAGUAGACCUGGUGCAGUACAUGUUCAAAGUUGAUUCGGGGGAAGUACCAGUGGUUCAAGAAACUGUAGAAGAAAGUGAAAAUUAAUAAUUCAUUCAUUGAAUAAACAUACACCGCACUUUUAUACUUCUACUAUUCCUGAUAUAAAAUGACUGUGAUUUUUAAUUUAUACAUAUUUAAUUAUAUUUUAUACAAUUUGAGAAUAUAAUUGUUUUUAUAAAUAUCACGAAUUGUUGUCGUUCUUCUCCUGAAAAAUUGACCAAUAAAUUUGAAUAAAUUCAUCAAAUAAAUGAUGUGUCCAUUAGAAGAAAGAUGGAGAAGUAAGUGUUCCA